GCACGAGAAGCACGCUGAUUGACAUUGUGUCCCGUUGACACAUGCAAAGCCCCCGACGAGGCACGCGAAGGCAAAGUCGAGACCGAUCGGGUGUCUGCUUGGCAGCUGCGCAGUCUCGCCAUCCUUUCCGCAACGCCCCCCGACUGGCCGCAUGGAGAGGGUGGAGCAAGGGUCCUUUAACUAAAGUGAUCGGAGUGGACCGCGUGUUUUAGCUUACACGCCCAGAUCGGCUGCGGCUGCACGGCCGGGCCACAUCACACCACCACCACAUCCACGUGCAACAUCUCGACACACACCAUGGCCGCCAUGGCCACCGACGAGCCAGCGGCCACGGCGAAAGCCCGCGAUGCAGACUUUUAUGCUGGCUACACUCGCUUUGAGAUUGAGCUCGAGUUCGUGCAAUGUCUCAGCAACCCGCUCUACCUCCAGUACCUCGCCAGCCAAAAGAUGCUGGAGAGUGAAGAGUUCAUUGCAUACCUCGCAUAUCUCCAGUACUUUCAAGAGCCGCAGUACCUGAAGUAUCUGCAAUACCCCGGCCCGACUCUUCGCGCUCUCCAACUGCUGCAAGAAGAGCGCUUCCGCAAGGAUAUCCUUGUCCCCGCCGUGGUGGAGGAAAUGAUUCGACAAGGCUUCGAGGCUGCGACGGCAGGGAUGAGCCGAUGACAGACGGAUGCAGCAUUCGAAUCGAAUACGAUAAACGAUGAAAUUCGCUCCACGCCAUCUCCGCCAUGGCAGCACGGCGUUGCUAAUUUCACUGACACUCGCGACCGCUUUGAUCUGGCAGGGCAUGGCUGUCAAGGGGAUGGAGCAUGGGAGAGUGGAUUGAGCCGGCACCAAAGUGUUCAUGGGUUUCACGUUUCACAGUAUGCGCAUGAUCGCACUGGGUAGAUAACGGACGACUCCGUCACUCGAGGCCCCUUCCACGCCCGAUCUUAGCAGUCACGCGGUGCAGCUCUGCUUGCGGCCUCCCUCCGCCAGAGCAUGCAUAUCAAGCUUCUUUCUCUGCCUCCACCACUCUGCAAUCCUUUCGUCUU